AUGGGUGUUCCUUUCGAGGCCUUGCUUCCCUAUGGAAUCAUUAUCGGCAUGUUUGGCGUGACCGGCUACGGUCUUCACUACGUCAAGCGCUUCGCCAACGAUGGCAAGAAGACACGCUGGAAUCGUGACCUGUGGGACAGACAAAUGAUGGAGCGAGACCAGAGAAUCACAGGCGCAUUCCGGGGACAAUCCAGCAAUCACCAAGCACCCCCCGGAUUCGACGUCAGCAACCCGUGGAAGAUGGAGAAGCGGAUUUACUAG